AUGACAAGAACAAUCGCUUCUGCAAAACUCGACAUCGCACCUUCAAGCAUCUAUUACAUCCCUGACUUCAUCACCCCUGCCGAGGAACAGACUCUCAUCGACAAGGUCCUUACGGCACCCAAGCCCAAAUGGGUUCACCUCAAGAACAGAAGAUUUCGCGAGGCUGGGGUCUUUGAAGGCAUGGAUGCAACCCAUCAGGACCCAAACCAUUGUCUCGUGAACGAGUACCUCGCCGGUCAAGGCAUCAUGCCUCACAAAGACGGUCCCGCCUAUCUCCCAACAGUGUCUACUGUAACGCUUUCAUCUCAUUGCGUCCUCGAGUUCUACAAAUACCCCGAGGACAAGGAACAGGAGGAACGUGAUUCUACCACGGAGGAGGCCCGAACACAGGAGCCCGAGUUUUCGUUGUUGGUUCAACCGCGGUCUUUGCUCGUGCUCAAGGAGGACGUCUACAAGAAGUACAUGCAUGGCAUCCGGGAGAUCACCGAGGACGACCUGCGCACGGGCAACAUCUUGAACCUGCCUGAAGCCAUGCCACAGGGUAUUGAGGAGACGCCAGUGCUGGAGCGAGGAACCAGAAUAUCACUCACAUUCAGGAUUGUGCAAAAGACCCUCUCAGCCAAAAAGUUGUUCCUCCGACGAUAG